ACACUCACAUAUGGAACAUCCUCUUCCUCCUCUCUGUUAAGUAAUAACCGUCACGUUCAGCCCGACACAUGUUGUUGCUUUUUUUCCUCUUGCUCCAGUUCUGACGGUUAAAAAGUCAAAGAGGCGUGUCGAUGUCUGAAACAGUCUGUGGUCGUAAAACUGGACAAGUGAUCCUCGUAAAGCUCCCACUGGGAUUAUGAUCAUCUCGUCACUCUGGCUGAAGGACAGAGCGAAGACUUCAGGAGGAUGCUGAGCUUCAGGCUUGUCUAUAUUUUCUCGUAUAACCUGUUCCAGUUCUGUGGACACACGUGGAUCCUGGCCAACACCAUCGCCAGGUUUCUCACUUUUGGGAACGAUGCUUUAGCGGACACGUUUUACUCUGUGGGCGUCGUGAUGAGUCUGUGCCAGCUGCUCUCCAUCCUCGAGGUCUUCCACAUCGCAGACGGCAUCGAGAAAGCCCGACUCCUCCCUCGCUUCUUCCAAGUCGUGGAGAAGAACCUCCUCCUGGUCAUGGUCGUCAAGUUGGAGGAGAUUCAGAGUAAACCUGUCGUCUGUGUUCUGCUCUUCUUGUGGAACAUUUUGGACCUCCUGCGGUACCCUCACGAGCUGCUGUGUGUGAUGGAGAAACCCUCCGACACCAUGCUGUGGACUCGAUACACGCUCUGGAUCCCCGUGUACGUCCUGUCAGCGGCCACUGAAGGUGUGACGGUAUACCAGGCCCUGCACAUCGAGCCUGAAGCUCCACAGUGUUCCUCUUUAAACUCGACGGUGUCGUCACAUCUUCGCCUGCCCCUCGUCCUCAUGGUCUACCUGUCUGUCCUCGCUCUGGGAGCGUCUGUGACAGUGUGGCAGCUGCUGAAGGAGAGACAACACCACCUGCACAAAUGGAACAAGACGAAGAAGAAAUGACACCUGGGGACAUAAGCCUGAACGUUUGGACGUCUCGGUUUCCCAGGACCUUCCUCUGAAGUUUCACUUAAAGGACAACAGAAUCUUCAUCGAUCACAAUCUGAGAGUCUGACGUCCAGACGUGCGUCUAACGUUUUAGAGAAGGUCCUGAAACAACAAGCCGACAACACCGUUUAAUGAUGAACUUUUAAUGGGUGUGUAGGAAACGUUCCUCGUGCAUCUUUGCAUUCAGUCUGUGAGGCAGCAGCGAUCGCAGCCGUGUGAAGUCAUCUCUGCGGCCGGGUCAAAGAUGCUGUCUGAGUGUGUUCAAGCUCCCACCGUGUUCUCCUGAAGAUCCUGUGUAUGCGUUUCCACGGUAACAAGUCUGUUUUCUUAAAAUUCCCCGGGCGCUACCAUCCGUACGCUCUGGUCCACACGGCUUUCUUCUUGAACUCGUCGGAGGACUUCAGGGCCAACAGAGCGGCUGGAACGACAAGAAGGGAAGAUUUCAUUUGUCGUGCGAUUGUGUUUCUUUC